CGUUGCCAUUAUUUUCUAUAGUUUCCUCAUCACUUGAGGAAGACAUGCUUAUUAAUUUGAUAAAAAACUGUAUCCAGUAAAAAUACGGAACGGUCUGUGUAAGCUCUGGAGUACAACUGUCAGCGAUGCUGAGUGAACGAACUCCCACGUCAACUACAAGCUGGAACAAGUCAGGACAUGUCGCUCAAGAUACAAAUACCAGUCAACCUUUUACUUCUUCUUGGAGGAUAUCCUCGCGAGUAUGAGGUAAUCAUUAUGAAUAUGAAAACAAGGAUAUGCUUACACUUGUACCUUUUUCUCCGAAGCAAGACCUUAUACUUUUACCUUAUGCUUCCGAGGAUAUGCUUCUCUUUUAUGAAUAUGGCUCAUUAUGUUUUUUUGGAUGUUAUAUGACAUGUACAUCACGAAAAUUCUAUAACCGCCCAUAACUUG